AUAUUUAAUUUUUAUCAUCUUUUCAUAAGUCAGCGCCGGCUGCAUCAGUGGCUGUCUGAUUUCCUCCGCCGUAGCAAUCAUCCAAGUCAAGGUGCAUGCUUGCUUUAUAUACAUACAUAUAUUUCGGAGGAAUUAAUUCACUAGAUGGCCGACGAUGGAUGGGAUUUGCAUGCGGUGGUUAGAAGUUGUACGGCCUCUGCUUCUGCCGCUGAUAACACUCCGGCAGCCAUGGAGGACGUCGGUGCUCAGUCGUUAGCGGCUACUGCUGCCGUCACCUCGAUUUCAUUUGAGGAUGGACGAUCUGCUUAUGAACAAACUAAUUUUAUUUCAUUUUCCAUGACACCUGUGGAUUCUGCUAGAAAAAGGAAAAGUAAAAAUAAUAAAAGGAUAGUCGAGAUGAGGGAAGAGGAAUUGAGCAAUGAUGGAUGGGCAUGGAGGAAAUAUGGUCAAAAGCCUAUCAAAGGCUCCCCUUAUCCGAGAAAUUAUUACAGGUGUAGCACAACAAAAGACUGCUCGGCAAGGAAGCAAGUGGAGCGGAGCCCCGUCAACCCAUCCAGUUUUAUUGUUUCAUACUCUGGUGAUCAUCUGCACCCGCGACCCACUCACCUCAGCUCACUCGCCGGCACCACCAAGACCACCAAAGUCGUUGUGGGGGUUACCGAUUUGCCCGAACAGCCUCCGUGCUCGUCUUCUUCUCCGGCCUCUACCUCUAGCUUUUCUCCAGCGACAUCGUUAAAGGAAGAUGAAACUGAAAAGAACCAUGAAGAUAUUCAAGAAGUCAAUUUUUGGUGACUUGAUGUCGGAUAUUAAUACUUAGCAUAAUUACAUGGUCUACACUUUACGCUUAGAUAAAAUGUACCGUAGAUUAAAAUAAACAUCAG